UAUAUGAACACACACACAUAUACACAUACACUAACAUCAUCUAGAAAAUCAGUGAGAGAAAUCUGAUCAUGGAGACGGCAAGAACACAUCGCAGAAGCAUCUUGCUCUUAUGCGGUGACUACAUGGAAGAUUAUGAGGCCAUGGUUGCUUUCCAAGCAUUGCAGGCCUUCGGACUUUCUGUUCAUGCAGUCUGUCCAGGCAAGACGGUCGGCGAGUUCUGCCGGACCGCCAUUCACGGUCUCUCUGGCUCUCAUCCUAUCAAUUAUUACGAGAGAAUUGGUCACAAGUUUACUCUAAAUGCAGCGUUUGAUGAAAUUGAGUGGAGUCAAUAUGAAGGAUUGGUGAUCCCAGGAGGGCGAGCACCUGAAUAUCUUGCAGUGAAUGCUUCUGUUGUGAACCUAGUGAGGAAGUUUUCAACUUCUGGGAAGCCCAUGGCCGCCAUUUGCCAUGGAUCUCUGGUGUUAGCAGCUGCAGAUGCAGUCAGAGGUCGAAAGUGCACGGCGUACCCAGGUGUUCGACACGUGCUCAAAGAUGCUGGUGCCAUCUGGGUUGAACCAAAAAGCUUAGCCGAUUGUGUUGCUGAUGGAAAUGUUGUCACUGGUGUUACUUACUUUGGAAAUCCUGAAUUCAUUCGACUAUUCGUGGCAGCACUUGGUGGCACAAUAUCUGGGGCUACUAAUAAAAGGAUCUUGCUUCUUUGCGGGGAUCACAUGGAAGAUUAUGAAGUGACAGUUCCUUUUCAUACCCUUGAAGCUUUAGGGUGUCUAGUGGAUGCAGUUUGCCCUUACAAAAAGAAAGGUGAGACCUGUUUAACCGUUGUUCAUGAUUGGGAAGAAGGAUCUCAAACUUAUAGUGAGAAGAUCGGCCAACAUUUUACUCUCACUGCUGAUUUUAAUAGUAUAAGCAACUCGAAAUAUGAUGCUCUUGUGAUUCCUGGUGGUAGAGCACCAGAGGUUUUGGCACUGGAAGGAGGAGUUGUUGCAAUUGUAAAAGAGUUCAUGGGGGCAAACAAGCCUGUUGGAUCUAUUGGUCAUGGUGCUCAGAUUUUGGCUGCUGCUGGUGUUCUGAAGGGAAGGAAGUGCACUGGACAUCCAGCAGUCAAGCUGGAUAUAGGUCUUGCAGGGGCGAGUUGGUUAGAGCCGGCUCACGUAGAUCGCAGCUUCACCGAUGGAAACUUGGUGACUGCAGCCUCUUGGUCAGCCCACCCUCAUUUCCUUGCUGAAUUGAUGGGUUUGCUUGGCAUACAUGUAUCCUUCAAUUAGAUAAC